GGUCCGGGUUUCAUGCCCCCUUGGCGGGUCUGGGGACUGGCCGCCCAGUGGGCAAAAGGAAUAACCCUCGCCCCACAGCAUUAGGGUAUGGUGGUGAGAAAUAAGUCUCACAUACCCGCCCCCGUGCCCGGCCGGCCUGGUGCCUCUCGGCCUGCCCUCCAGUGCGGUACCUCCAUUCUCGGUGCCGGCAGCAGCCGCUGCUUCUGUCGUUCUGCUGAGCUCCGAGCCCGGACGGUGGGCGGCGCAGGCUUCGUGGGAAGGGGAAAACGCCGGAUCUUUUCUCCCUCAACCCGGCUGCUCUCCCCUACGUGAUGGGGCACUGGAGGAUGGGUGCCACUCUCAGAGUUGCAGAAGCCUCAUUACACUGGGAGUGGAUGGGCGAAAGUGAGCUGGAGACUUCCUGCCGUCUCAGCCAUCCUUGCGUGGGUACAGCGAUGAUCACCUCCUGUUGUUAUUGUCUCUCCAGUCCUUCAUGGACUAGAGGGCAGAGACCAGAGUUGAAUAUAGUUUUCAAAGUCGUAAACGGAGUAGAUUUUCUAUUCAGACCUUACAAAGCAUGGCCCGCGCUUCUGCUGUGGCCCUUUCUCAUCAUUUGGGAACAUUUACAAAGAAGAUCUUAGAAUGAAGACAUUCACGUCCGUUUCUUCAAACAAUGAGUUACAAGGCACUAAUAGUUCUGGAUCGUUGGGUGGUCUUGAUGUUCGCAGACGAAUUCCUAUAAAACUCAUCUCCAAACAAGCAAACAAAGCCAAACCUGCACCUCGAACUCAAAGGACUAUAAACAGGAUGCCUGCAAAGGCUUCCACUGGUGAUGAAGAAGGAUUUGAUUAUAAUGAAGAAGAACGAUAUGACUGUAAAGGGAAUGAAUUGUUUGGAAAUCAGCGAAGAUUUCCUGGACAUCUGUUUUGGGACUUUAAGAUAAACAUCUUAGGUGAAAAGGAUGAUACACCAGUUCAUUUCUGUGACAAAUGUGGACUGCCUAUUAAAAUCUACGGGCGAAUGAUUCCAUGCAAACAUGUUUUUUGCUAUGACUGUGCUAUUUUACAUGAAAAAAAGGGAGAUAAGAUGUGUCCAGGCUGUAGUGAUCCGGUGCAGCGAAUCGAACAGUGUACACGAGGUUCUCUCUUCAUGUGUAGCAUUGUGCAAGGGUGCAAGAGAACGUAUUUGUCUCAGAGAGACUUGCAGGCUCAUAUCAACCAUCGCCACAUGCGAGCUGGAAAACCCGUUACCCGUGCUUCACUUGAAAAUGUUCAUCCUCCUAUUGCCCCACCACCAGCUGAAAUCCCUGAGCGCUUUAUAAUGCCACCAGACAAGCACCAUAUGAGCCAUAUUCCGCCAAAGCAGCACAUCAUGAUGCCACCACCUCCUCUGCAGCAUGUGCCACACGAGCACUAUAAUCAGCCACAUGAGGAUAUUCGUCCUCCUCCAGCCGAAUUAUCCAUGGCUCCACCACCACCUCGUUCAGUCAGUCAGGAAACCUUUCGUAUUUCAACAAGAAAACACAGCAAUUUAAUAACCGUCCCUAUUCAGGAUGACUCAAAUUCAGGUGCUAGAGAACCACCACCUCCUGCCCCAGCACCUGCUCACCACCAUCCUGAAUAUCAGGGUCAACCAGUGGUUUCGCACCCUCAUCAUAUUAUGCCUCCACAGCAACAUUAUGCACCACCCCCACCUCCUCCACCUCCAAUAAGCCAUCCAAUGCCACAUCCUCCCCAGGCUGCAGGUACUCCUCAUUUGGUAUAUAGCCAAGCUCCACCUCCACCAAUGACCUCUGCUCCACCACCAAUAACCCCUCCCCCUGGACAUAUUAUUGCCCAGAUGCCACCUUAUAUGAAUCAUCCUCCUCCAGGACCUCCCCCACCUCAACAUGGUGGUCCACCUGUAACUGCACCCCCUCCUCACCAUUAUAAUCCUAACUCUUUACCCCAGUUUACUGAAGAUCAAGGAACUCUCAGCCCUCCAUUUACACAACCGGGGGGAAUGAGUCCUGGUAUAUGGCCUGCACCAAGAGGGCCGCCUCCUCCUCCACGAAUGCAGGGUCCGCCUUCUCAAACCCCACUUCCUGGACCACAUCAUCCAGAUCAGACAAGAUAUAGACCUUACUACCAAUGAUAAUAGUGUUCUGAACUGAAGACAUGAUGAGGAGAAAACUUACUUAGAGUCAGUCUUUUCAUUAAGCUUUGACUGUUUUGGGAAGGAAAAGUACCUCUUACCCAGGUGACUAUAAAACACAUAGGGUCUUUUGUCUCUUAAAAUGGUUUCCGAUAUUGACCUUAGGAUUGGUCUCAAGUACUAUACUGUAGUGCGGUUAAGUGGAUUGGUUGAGCACAGUUCUGUUUUAACAACUUUGUUCCCUUAGUGCGAUAAAUUGACUCAGAAGUGAUCAUUUGUAAAAAAAUUUGAAAAAUUUUCAUUGUUCCACUUUCAAAAGUACAGCUUUUGGUAAACCCAAUAUUCUGUUUUUCUUGUGAUACAUUUUGUUAACCUGUGUAAAAGGAUUAAAUUUCAAUAUGGUUGUAAAAAUGCUAUUUUUAUGUGAACUUAAGUGCAGUCACAUACUGUUUUUAAAAAUCAUAUGUUUUACCACUAAUUUCCCAAAGUUAUAAUAAAAUCCUAAAAGUAGAAUUUGCUGUAAGGCAAACUGUUAAAUAAUAGAGGUAUUUCACAUUUUAGGCACUGAAAUUUUGAGAUUUAGUAAGUAUAUAAUACAUUUCACUUGGAUGCCUUUGUGUGUGUAGGCAGCCUUAGGAACACCAAAAUACAUUGGAAUCCCAGUACUAAGAUGUUGGUGGUAUUAGAAGGCAUUCUGAUUAUUUGGGAAGAUACAGCCAAAGUAAUACUCUACAGUCUCCAAGCCGGGGGGAGGGGUGUGCCGUUACUCGUUGCUUGUUUCGCUGAAUGGUUGGAAUCACAUGAUGCACCACAGCUACUAAUCUUAAGUAACAUUAUUUUAUAGAACUGUUCAAAUGGUGUUAUAUAGCUGAUGUAUUUUCUCUUCAUUGUCUUAAGCUAAAUAGGGCUGAUAGGCUUUAUAUAAAUCCUCAUUUCAUGGUAGUUUAAUUCUGUGCUUAUGUGGGUUCUUGUUUAUUGGGUUUUAAACUGAAAUUGAAAUGCUUUGGAGGGAUUUGAAUAAUGUACUAAUGAAUGUUUGCUUGUAAUCACAGACUAGCGUUUGCUCAGGUUUCAUUGCUUGUGUGAUAAGGGUUUUUCCUCUAACUUGAAAUUUGAAAACUAUUAUUUCCUGUUCCUCUUGCUGGUCAGGCGGUCUAAACUUGUGACGUUUUAGCAUGGCAUCAACAGCGAUGACUACCAGAUAAUUUUGUAUUGGAGAAGAGAAAAGUAAUGACUAAAUUGUGAAUUUCAGUGCUUUAUAGGUGCCUUUAGAGUCAGCUUUUGCAUUAUAGGGGCUUGUUACAGUCCAGCUAAGAUGACCACUUACGGUUUAUACAGAUCUCACAUGUAUAAAUCAGCGUUCUUAGGAUAUGACUAUAUAUCCUUAGAAGAAACCCCUGUGAACUUUUCCUCCCUCCUAAAAUGGUGCAUAAUAUAAACAUGACUUGUAGUAUGCAGAUAUCAUUUAUUAGGUAGUUUGUAGUAUAUAAAUUUAGAACAUACUUUUUCAACAAAGGAUGAACUAUUUGCUAAUUUACCAUUUUAUUCUGUCAGGUACAGGCAAAACAAAUUUUCAUUUUGGAUGAUCAAAUACAAACUUUCUGAACUUAGAAUAGUUAAAAAUAAUAUAAAUGGCCAUUUCACUCUUGACUGGCCAAAGAUAAUGAAUACACUUUUUUCUUAAGUAAUUUUUCACACUUAGCAGUUCGAGAGACUAGUUUGUUAAUGCACUAUUUCUAGGAAGAAAUUCUUGUUAGGAGCAUGAGAGUGAAAUAGUGUGAAGUGUUGGUGGUGAGUGCUUCUAUCAUAUUACUGUAGGUACUUGGACUGGUGCAAACUUGAUUCCUAUUCGUGCCCCUGUUUAGGAGCUGUUAAAAUAUUACUGUUAAAAUCCAAACCAUUCAUUGUCAUGUAAUUAGAAAAUAGCUGAAUUCACUGUAGAGCUUUUCAGCUGUUUAUGAAGAGCUCUUCUGUUUUUAUUGAAAUUCAUUAGCAUCAAAUGUGAGAAACCACCUGGCCUGUGUUUUUGACAAAAAAAAAAAAAAAAAAAUCAAUAUCAUGCUAAAAUUCCGUAUGUUAAGAGAAUUCCUGUAGGCUUUUAAAAAUGAUUUGUUAGGUAUAAUAAACAUGUUAUGCAGGGAGGCAGAUCAGAUGAAUGUCUUGUAGCAGACAAAAAUUUUUAAGUGGUGUUAGACUUGAAUUUGUCAGUUAAUUGAACAAGGGUGGGUGGGUAGAAGGAAAACAAAAUUACUGUUUAGUGUUUCUUAAGGAAAAAGAUGUGAAUCCCAGCCUUAUUUCAGGGAAACCUUUGAAGCUAUGAUGGACAUAAGUCUAAAUGUAUGUAUGUUUCAUUAUAUUGCUCUUAAGACUACUGAGGUGGCAGUUUCAUUCUUAAAAACAAUAAAAUGGAAGCAUAAAUACUA